AGAGAGAGAGAGAGAGAGAGAGAGAUUUAAAAACAAAACUCUAAAGCACUUGAAGAUCUGGUCGGGGUUAUUCAUGAACCAAAGUCAAUGAUUGUUUAAUUAAUCUAGAGUUAUUGUUUUACGUUAUUUAGUUUUCAUGUGAUUUGUGGGCUCAAGCGGGGGAGGCAGUGUGGGGCUAGGGGGCCCCACACUGCUGCUUUUUAUAACCCUCAUUUCUUCGGGUGUACCGAGUCUCGCGUAUGACUGACCAAACUGCACCACACUGUCCCACACUGUGUGCGAAGUGAGGCUACGUCAGAGUCUAAUCGUGCCAAAGCACCGGGGUCCACUAAAGCCUGUAGCCGCUUGGAGGAGCUGGUUUAAGGGACAGGCGCGCCGCGAUGAACCGGUGAGCAGCAGUCUGCGGGGUUGGUUGUAGCCACAUAGCAAGUUGCAGAUGUUUUCAAAGAAGACUCAAGACAGCAAUCACUAAACAAGUGAAACACUGGGUCUUUUUAGGUCAUCUUUAUAUCAUCGAAGGGCUUGCCUACAUUUCUCCAAUUCAACUUUUUCUCUGACAGCUGUCAAGGAUUUUCCAUUACUAUGCACAACUAUGUAGAUAGCGUAACCUUUAUGUGCAACCUUAGGUCAAAGAAAUAUGAUUAUGAAAAGUGUUCUUGGUAAAAAAUUUUGUUUUCCCAGCACACCUGCCUCAGUGGAACACUACAAAGCCGCCAUGUUGCUGAGCGGCGCCGGGGAUGCUCUGGGAUAUAGAAACCAGCUAUGGGAGUACAACGAGUCUGGACCUGCCAUCCACCAGGAGUUGAAGGCGCUUGGUGGAUUGAAGAACAUCAAUGCUGAGCUCCCAGACUGGCCUGUGAGUGAUGACACUGUUCUACACCUCGCCACCGCUGAAGGUUUAGCAACUGGUAAAGUAGGAGAGGAGGUGCUGCACGAUGUGGCUGCUCGGUACGUGGAGGGGAUGAAGGACAUGGAUGGGAGGAAACCAGGACCGUCUAGCAUCCUUGGGGUAUCUCAGCUGAAGCCGGGGGAGGAAGGUGGAUACCGAGUGGCCUAUAACCCUGAUGGGACAGGCUGUGGAGCGGCAAUGAGAUCCAUGUGUAUUGGAUUACGGUAUUCCAGACCCGACCAGCUGUUGUCAUUGGUGGCGGUUGCCGUAGAGACAGGCAGAAUGACCCACCCUCACCCCACGGGCUUCUUGGGGGCUGUUACUUCUGCCCUGUUUACAGCAUACGCCGUUCAGAGACGACCGAUCACGACUUGGGGUUUAGGCCUGAUCAACGAAGCCUGUCCAAUCGCCAAGAGCUUUGUUCAGGGCCGAGAGUUUGCUGUGGAAGAGACACUGAGAGACUGGGACUACUUUAGUGAGAAGUGGCAGUGGUACCUUGAUCUGCGUGGACUGUCGAAUGGAGUGGGCCCUGUGAUUUGGCCUGAUGCAUAUGGUCCGGCUGAGAGAGAUGAAGCCUACAAGAGCUUUAGUUUGCAAGGAUGGGCAGGACGCAGUGGUCAUGAUGCUCCAAUGAUUGCAUACGACGCCUUACUGGGGGCAGGAGCAGAUUGGGAGGAGCUUAUGAAUAGGGCAGCUUUUCAUGGUGGUGACAGUGAUAGCACAGCUGUGAUUGCCUGCUGCUGUUGGGGCGCCCUAUACGGCACAAAGGGGGUCCCAGAAGGAAAUUAUGCCAAUCUGGAGUACAGGGACCGACUGGAGAAAUGCGGGGAGCAGCUGUAUGCCCUGUCACACUGAGACAGUCACAUUAAGGGUUACGCAUACUACUAAACCAAGCCAAAUGAUGUGUGCCAAACACACCGUGACCCAGACAAUGCUCGUGCCACUGUCAUUAGAGGUCCCCCUAGUGACCACUUACGAUAAUACACAGGUUGCACUCCAAUAUAAUGAGAAUGUGGGAAAUCUCUAGGGAGGUUAAUUACUUUGUUUUGCCAGACUACAUAAUUAUCACCUGAUGAAUGUCAGAUUGCAAUUG